AUGGCUGCGAAUGCGCGUUCAAAGAGGAAAUAUCCGCUUAUAAACUCCCUAGCUGAUCCAAAACCCGACAGCGCAGCUCGCAAGCGCGCCAAAAAUCACGAUGCUCGUGCUCUGGCCGUGCAGUCCGCCGAUGCAGCUCUGUCUGCCACCGGCGAACUCGACGUUGCGGCAUAUGUAGGAGCUCGCGAAUAUGAGAUUCGAGCUCUGGAAGCUGGAAUCGAUAAAUCUAGAGGCGCGUUGAUGAGUCGUGCAUUUCAGAAAGUGCCUAGAUCGCUUCGGAGGAGGACUGCGAGUCAUAAUGUGAAAAGAGUGCCGAAGAGGUUGCGGGCGAGAGCUAAGAGAGAGAUGAUAGAAGAUAAUACUCCCACGGUGACUGCCCGACGACGAAAACCGACCAAAAUAUUACGAAUCCGCCUCGAGACAGCGCGCCGUCUUCAGAGCCUCAAUAAAAAGACGAAGGAGAAACGAGCAGCCUUGAGAGCAAAACGGGACGAAGAAGCAAAAGAGAAGACUUUGGUGGAAGGAAGCCAUACCCAUACUGUUGCUCCACGAGUUCCUAAGAUCAAGAAGAAUAAACUUUCGCAACCAUUGCCGCCCGAAUCGAAGUAUAGGAAACGUCAGCGGUCCAAAACUUGGCUACCUACGCACAUGUUUCAUGCAAAGAGGGCACAUAUGACCCCCCCUGGAGAACCGCUUUGGAGAUUUGCGGUCCCAUUGACACCGACGGAAAAGAGCUAUCGUCCUACUCAUCGAGCUGUAGGGUCAAGGGGCGCUAUAGCAUGGGAUAUGAGCUAUAUGUCUACUAUCCAACUGGAGGGGACCUUUGCUGCGUUAGAGAAUGCCUUAAAGAGCUUGCGGGUUGAGGGAGACGAUUGUUGGGGACCCAAGGGAAGGAAAUGGAGACAAGGGACAAGAGUACUUCAGAAGUGGUUGUACGAGGCAGACGAGGCUAAAAAACCUAUAGCUCCGGUUACCCUGAUAUGGUGUGUUACAACGCCGAAAGUCGAGGAGGAUCAAGAAAUGUCUAAUGCAGACGAUACAGCAGCAUCAAAAAAACAGCAAGUACGAGAUAAAUUGUUUCUUCGGGUCCACCCGUCUGCCUUUCUGCAGCUUUGGAACGUGCUAUUGCAGGUAUGCAAGAAGCAGAACCCGCCCAUCACGCUUCAAGACUUACGGUUUGAUAUUGGAAGCAUUGAAAUCACAGGACCUGGGUCGACGGAGGCACUUCUUGCUACUAUGCGUCCUUUUAAGUCGAAUGAACCGGAGGAAAAAGAAGGCGAUACUCAUGCUACAACCUGGAAAUCUCUUCUCGGUGUCACGAAUCCCUCUUCUUUGCCAAAUGGAGCCCUCUUGUCAUUCUCCAUUAGCGACCCCCGAUUACACUACCCUGUAAAAACUCUUAAACCCUCGACAUCUGAAUCAGAUAUGAAUAAUCUAGCAACUAUACUAUCUUCAUGGCCACCUGACAGUUGCCGGAAUCCGCCAGCUCUGUUCGACCGCUCUACACGACUGACCUCAAGCCGUCGUCUGCCGAGCCAGAAAGCCAUCAAUCGGCGGAGGACCUUGGCUGGUCCGGGUGUACCACUUAAACCGCAGUCUACCGACCCUCAAAUACCCGUCAUGAUAUAUACAUCGCGGCCAGAAAUCGGUUCGAAAGACAUGAACAAUCAUGGUACCUGGACUGUUCUAUUGCCUUGGAGAUGCGUUACUCCUCUGUGGUAUGUGCUCAUGUAUUAUCCGCUAUCUAGUGGAGAUAACCCUCGGUUUGGUGGUGUAAAGGAACAGCGCCAAUUAGCGUUUGAGUAUGGACAACCCUGGUUUCCUGGCGAUUAUCCCGGAACCCGUGCCGGCUGGGAAUGGAAUGCUAGAGAAGACGAAGAUCGAAAGAAAGAGUGGGAAAGGAGGCCCAAGGGGAAAAGAGUGGAAUAUGAUAGUCUUGACUUGGGUAAUGGCCAGAAAGGGGAGGUAGGGCGAGGCUGGGCUUGCGACUGGGAGAGGAUAGUCCAAAAGACGCAAUCGCCUACCAUGGAUGAGACACAGGACACUGAGAGUAGUCGAAUGAAGGAGGCGGCCCUGCCCGCGGAUUCAAAAACGGACACUAUACCGCCGUUGGGGAUUGCACAUUUAAGACUGGAUGCAAGAACCGCAUCACAGCUGAAUACGAAUGCACGAGCUUGGAAGUUCCCCGAGGAUGGACCGUACUUGGCCACAGUGAGGGCCACACUUUUGGGGCGCGGAACGCCAACGCCAUGCGCGCGUAUCUAUCGUCUUCCAUUGAAGAACGAUGAACUACGUAACCAGUGGCUAUCUACGAAACAAUCUUCUUCCAAGAGUGGCUCUGGUACGAAACCACCGCCAAUACGACCGUCCUCGAAAGCGAAAUCCGCUCCCAUAGACCCGGAGAUGAAAAGAAAGGAAGAUCUACAGAAACUCGCAACAUCAUUACUCGACCCAUCCACUCCUGAACUAGCUUCGGAAAUUCCUCUCCCUCCAGAAGACGACCUGAUCGGCUUUAUAUCUUCUGGUAACUACAACUUGACGGAAGGCAAGGGCACCGGCAUUGGCUCAAUCCUAGUUUCGAAAGUAAUCGAAUCUUCUCCGACGAAAGACACGCAGUCUAAAUCUCAGUGCAACAAGACAGGGCCUUGCCCAGAAAGACGAAUGUGUAUUCUUCGAUCUGCAGGUGAACGUGUUGGUAGACUUGGGCUGUGGGAAUUUGUGUGA